AUGAAAAUCCAAGGAGUGGCCUUAUUGGCGUUGGCAGCGUUAACUUCUGCUAAUCAACAAUACUGCAAAUGUGUGUGUUCGGGGAAUUCUGUGGUGGGGAAGAUCGAUAAGUGUGGGCUAUGUAAUAGCAGUUGGUGCUUGGAGCAGAACGAUAAGCUUUGCCAGGAGAGCGACGAGGGCGAAGAGAAUAUCUUGAUUACAUGUUUUCAGAUCGAGUCUUCUAAGGAGAAGUUCAUCAUUGUGGCAUUUGUGUUCAGUGUGUUGGGCUUACUACUAGUGAGCUACUGGAAACAGGUGAUGAGAGAACGAAACAGACGAUAG